CCGCAUCGUCGGCGACAAGCAGCACGGAGGGCCGCCGCCGCCUCCGCUACCUCUUCAACAACAACAACAACAGCCACACCACCCAACGACCCAACGGCCGCCCUCCCUCAGAAUGCCUCCGACAUUCUCACCAGCGUCGCCGCCUCCCAGCCCGCCCACUCCUUACGCCGGCACCUCUCCGCCUUCCUCUCUCUCGCCAAGCCGCGCCUGACCGUCCUCGUCGUCCUCACAGCCAUGGUACCCUACGCCGCGUACCCGGUCCCCGCCUUCCUCUCCCCGCUCGUCGAGACGCCCUCCCUCUCGCCCCUUACCCUCCUCUUCCUCACCACGGGCACGACCCUGUGCUCGGCCUCCGCCAACGCCCUCAACAUGCUCUACGAGCUCUCCACAGACGCAAAGAUGUCGCGGACGCGCAACAGACCUCUGGUCCGCAACCUCCUGUCGACCCGCGCCGCCGUCCUCUUCGCCCUCGGCUGUGGGGCUAUCGGCAUUGCGGCGCUAUACUGGGGUGUCAACCCUACCGUCGCCUUCUUAGGCGCCGCUAAUAUCGCGCUCUACGCCGGUGUAUACACGCCGAUGAAGCGGCUCCACUGGCUGAACACCUGGGUCGGCGCGCUGGUGGGCGCCAUUCCACCCCUGAUGGGCUGGGCUGCCGCGGCUGGGGAGUCUGCGACGGGCGACGGGACGUUCCGCGAGCUGCUGUUUGCCAGCGAUGGCUCGAGCGUAGGCGGCUGGCUGAUGGCGGCCCUGUUGUUCGCCUGGCAGUUCCCGCACUUCAUGGCGCUGAGCUGGACCAUACGCGAGGAAUACAAGCAAGCCGGCCUGCGGAUGCUGAGCUGGGUGGACCCUGCGCGGAACGCGAGGGUCGCGCUCCGGUACAGCCUGGUGUUUGUGCCGAUCUGCAUAGGGCUGUGCGCCGUGGGCGUGACCGAGUGGAGUUUCGCCGUCACAAGCCUGCCUGCGAACCUCUGGCUGGUUAGGGGGGCAUGGAAGUUCUACAAGCACCAGGGCCACAAGGGCACCGCGAGGGUGUUGUUCUGGGCGAGCGUGUGGCACCUGCCCGCCGUCAUGGGCCUGGCGCUGCUGCAGAAGAAGGGUAUGUGGCAGAGGGUCUGGAGGAGUCUGUUUGGACCGUCCGAG